UCUUGACUCUUGUUCUGUGGUCUUGUUCGCACAUUUUUGAUUUUCAUAUUUUACAAUUGGUACAAUUAUAAAUGAUGUGUUCAAAAGCACCGAAUGGUAAAGCUGCAGAAGUAGUGAGCUCAGUGGGUAAUUUUUGGAUUAUUUGCCGUUCUAAGUCAUGCGCUGGUCGUAUUUAUUAUUUCAAUACUUCAACUGGAGAUGCUGUAUGGAAUCUCAGCGACAUUGAGGUGGAAAAAGCUAAGAACAGAACAAAGAUUUUACAAAGACAGUCUGAUUUUGCAAUAGAGGAUUGUCCAGAACCACCUGAGUCACCUAAAGAUUAUUCAACAUUGGAUAAACAACCAUCACUUAAGAAGUUGGGCAGUAUUAACCAAGUUUCUGCCCUGGAAAUGAUCCCAACAAAAGUACAUAAAAAAGAAAUCAUUAAUAACCAGUUCCCAAGGAAUCCACCCCAGUGUGAUGUUCCAUUUGUACCAAGUUUAGGUCCUGUAUUAUGGAAUGUUUCUCCUCAACAAAAACAUGAUACUCCACAUUUUAGCCCGCCUCAGCCUCUAAUCAAUAAUAGUAAUUUUGACCAAGUGAAUGUAAGCAAUCAAACAGAGACACUAAGUAAUCGAUUCAAAAAAUAUGCUGAAAUAUCACAUAAAAAUCCAAAACAAACUGGUGUCAUAAAGUAUCAGUAUCGUAAUAGGCCAAGGAGCCAUGGAUAUAAAUUUCUAAAUAAAACUGGUGACUUACGCCUACUUUUAUAUUUAAAGAGGAAAGAGAACAUAUUAAAGAAAUCCCAUCAAAGAAUCACUGCAGCUGCCACAUAUUUGAACGAUGAAUAUAGUGAAAUCAAACAAAAUGGUAUUCAAGACCAAGCCAUUCAAGUUGAAAAGGGAAGACACAGUUUAAAUUCAACUGAAGUGGAAGAAGAUAGUGAUAAUAAUAAGACAUUUAAUGACAAUUUGAGCUAUGAACAUAAUGAUAAAGAACAUUGUAGCAUGAAUUCAGUAUCAACCUAUACUGUAAGAAGUUACAGAUUCAAUACAAAAGAUGAUGAUGAAAAGUGGUUAGGUGAAGAGAAUGGAAAGACGCCAGAUAAUACAAAUUCUUUAGAAGCCCUGAGAAGUAAUUUUGAAAUACCAGAAAAUCAUAAUAUCUGGUAUAUAGUCACAGACUCAAAUGUGUUAUUACAUAAUUUACAUGUGCUCAAUAAUAUACUUAAUGCAGAUAAACAAUGCCGUCUAAUGGUACCACAACAAGUAAUGAAAAAAAUUCAAAAUGCUACUAACUCUCGUCUCCGGCUUUUAGCUCACAAAACUCUUUAUUUUAUAUUAAGCAAAGUUGAAGCAAAUCUUGCGAUUAUAGAUAAGAGCAGUGAAGAAAUCGAUAAUAGCAAUGAUGAUAUAUUGAAUUGUUGCACUCUAAAUAUAGCGAGAGGGAAUCAUGUUGUAUUAUUAACUGAUGACAUAGAGUUGCACAAUAAUAGCAACACAUCAAAUAUGCAUAUCUUUGCAGUUUCAGAGAUUAAACAUUUAUUAGAAGAAUCCCAAUCAGAUGAGAUUCCAACUAACAAUUUUGACACAGUAGGAAUAGCUAGAGAUCGAAAUAUUAAAAUUACUAUUAAUAAUGAAACAAAUAUUCGACACGAUGACGACGCGAGCGUAUCACUCAUAAAAGAAGAUACUCACCAUGAAAUAGGUGAAGGAACAUGUGAAAAACUUCUUAAAAUAAAUAAGAAAGUUUGUGAUGUGGGAGUUCAAGCCGAUUCUGCGUCAUUACCGAAAAUUUGUGAGGAUAUUAACAAUGAGAUAAUUUUACCUGAUUCAACUAAAGCAAAUGAUAGCUUACCUUGUAAUAUAAGUGGGGAACAACGCCAUUUACUCCGUGACCGAUCAUUCAAAACUAAAAAUACUGACAGAAAGAAAAUUUGGAGAAGUCAUAAACAUACUUCUUCGAUCAACGAUUACCAUGGUGAAGUUGGCAACAGCGUAACGUCUAUUUUCCCCGGAACCGAUUCCAGUACUAUUCAAAAAAGUGAUGGCGAAAAUUUAACUUGGGGUUUGUAUUCACAUACAUCUACAGAAUCACCGAACAAAAACAGCCCUGAACGUAAUGACAUGAGCAGCGAAACAAGUAGUAUUACUGUGAAUAGAUAUGAAUAUAAAAAUUCAAUGCAACAUGUAACUAUCGAUGAGACGUCCACGUCAGAUAUGUCGAAUACUACAAGUUUUAUGGAUACUGGUAGUGAAAAGGGUGGAUUUCAGAAGGCGAAAAUGGAUGAAGUAAAAAAUGUUAUGUUCGAAAUUACUGAUGAGAGGAUGGAGGAGUUUUUGAGAAUGAAAUCCGAUGAGUGGGUGUCUCGUUUAGUGCAAAUCAUGGAGGAGGCUCUCACGCAGAUAUUGCGGUUGGAGCCUUCAGGCACUCUGGAACAUAUGCCGCCACCCUGGACAGUGCACGAGGCGACUGAGUGUAUCAAAAAGGGGUUUCAUUACGAUUCCGAUGUUGUUGAUGCGGCCAACAAGUUUUUACAGAUUUCCUUUGAAAACGGCGGGUUACGAGGUAAAAUUAAAUCAAGUAUAAAGCCCAAUAAAUUUAUGGAACUGUACAGUUUCGGAGUAUAUUUAAUUGAUGCCUUGCAGGGUGCUUUAGUCGAUAAUGAAGAUCUCCAAACGGCAGCCGAAUCUCUGUCCAAGUUGUUAAAUGACAUUCAAGAGCCGCAAUUAGAUCCGAGUAAUCAAGAUUCUUUUAAUGACAUUACUGUGCAGGAAAAUGAAACUAAAGUUGCAGAAGACAAUGGUAUCACCAAAGGAACUGUCAGCCUAGAUAAAAAUAGAGAAACAGAAAGCCCGAAGGUGGCUAAAAAAAACAAGAGCCCUACAAUUUCACCAGGAAAAUACAAUUUAAGAUCACAAAUCAAAAAACCUAUCGAGGUAAAUCAAGACGUUUCGGACAAAGUUUCAGUUACCAGAAACGUUGACACAGAAUCUUCCUUCUUCUCAAGUUUAUAUUUGAAGAAAAAUUCAAGCGACAGCGAAAUUACUAUUAAAGACACCAAUCUUAUUAUUGGAUUAGGAACAAGUGACGAAAUAAAGGAAAAAAAUGGUAGUCCAAGCUUACAUAAGAAUGAAGAAAAUGUUAACACUGCAGAUGAAUUCACCCCUAAACUUGUAAAUGAAGAUCCUAAAAUGAAUGAACCUCAGAUAAUAAGAAAAUUUUCAAUAUGCCCAAAGUACGAAGACAGGUUUAAAAGUAAAUCUAAAUUUAUUUCUGACGUUGGGGGAGAUUCUAAUAAAGAAUUCGAGGGAUCAGUGAUCAAUUACGAAGAAGAAGAUUUUGAAGACGACUAUUACGGAACAGAUGAAUAUCAUGUGGAAAACGAAUACUACGAUAUGGAUGACAACGAUGUCGAAUGGCCUGCUUUUGGCACCAGCCCAGAAAAAACUGAAGGCAUUGGUAGAGUGCCGUCUUCAAAUUAUAUUGAUAUUAACUCUAAGAACGAAUCUUUAACUUUUAAACGUAUAAUGGAAAAAGUUGUAAAGGACAUCCAAAGGGCUUAUUCAUCAAUUCAAGAUUUCUGUGUGAAAUCUUGUGAAAGCUUACAGACUCCAGACUUUAGCGCCGAAGAUAAAACUCAAAUGCAAUUACGGGCAGAAAAAACAUACACUUACAUUCAUCAAAUAUGUCAUCAACUUAAUAAUGUCUUGACAAGAGAGAAUUCGGACCAAGGUAUUUCUGAAAUACUUAAAAGAAAGGAAUUUAAAGAUAUUGAAGUCGAAGAAAAUGACAUGGAAGUUUAUAGAAAUUUUAUCGGGAAUUGUUUGGAACAAGGAAAAGUUUUGAUGGAUUCAAUCACAUUAGUGCUCGAAGCUAGCAAGGAAGAGACAGGUUAAUAACUGAGGACGUGAACAGAGUUCUUGCUAUAUGCGAGCACCGUAUUUCAUUAGGCAUGGGCCUCAGAAAAGCAUAGGGAUAAAUAUUUUAAAUAUUCUCGGAAUAAAACACCCUUUUUCACUCCCAUUGCUUACGUUGCUUACGUAUGAAGACGCAUAGAAACAAUUAACAAACUGAUCGACGCACUCGCAUUUGUACUACACUAGCAAGGACAAUCCGUGGACAACCACGGACCAAAUGUAAACAAAGAAAUGACAUUUCCUUAACAUUUAAUUAGGUUUAGUUGCUUUAUUUUUGUGAUAAAAAUAUAUUUUUUUUAUAAUUUUACAGAAAACCGAAAUAAAAAUAUAUUUUAAAUUUUACAGAAGACUAAUACUGUUUACCCCUUCAGGAAAUGAACAACCUGUCUUUUAAUUUUAUAUUUGGUCCGCGAUUAAAUUGGUCUAACUUUUUGUUUCUUUGAAUCAUGUUGGAAGAAAACUCAUGAUAUCUCCCAUAAGUUUAUGAGCUUUAUUGAAACACUGCUGAAGUAUGAUAAGUUGAGUUUGUAUUCUCAUUCUCUAUUAAGUAUAGUACGUAACAUAUAUAAGAGAUUUUUUAUAAGUAUAGAUUAUGCAUCGUUACUUGUACAUAUUUUUAUAUACAUUAACAAAUCUACUUCCACCUCUAUGGUGUGUGUUAUUGCAUGUAAUUUUAAGUUUAACGCUUUUUAGCCGAAAAUGACUAAAUUCGACUCGUUAGUUCGGAGAAAGAAAAUAAUUUGACAUAUGUACAAAGCACCAAAAGCGUCAAAAUGUGAUACUUAAUUUAAUGCAUUUAGGUGUUACUCCUUACCUUACCUGCCUCAUGUUAUAAUAUAUAAACAAUCUUCUAUUCUUUUUAGUGGAUUGUUUUAAAAAUAAAAAUGUUUAAAAUAGAUAUUGUGUAAGAAAAAAUAAAUAGAUACCUAUUAACUUAAAAGUUUUUUUUUAGAUAGUUCAUUUGCAUGUUUUUGGCUAUACUCCUUUAUUCAUGUUACAAAGAGGAAAUAUAUUUUGUUUGUUUGUAAUCUAUACACUGAAACUACUGAACCAAAAACUCCCGGUGAAAGGAUGAAUAAGGGGUUUGGUAUGGACCAAACCCAUUAAUCAUGCAUUCAACGUUAGAAAGUAAUAAGCAAUAUUAAAUUUUUGGUAACAAUAGGAUUUAUAUCGAUGAUAUUGAUUUUAUAUUAAAAAAAAAAAAUUGAAAAAGCAAGUCAGAAAAUAAUGCUACACUAAGCUGCUUCAUCUGCUGGCACUGACUAAAUAGUAUGUCAUAAUAUGUUAAUACCUGCCUCGUUCGUCUAGUGGUUAGCAUAUUCCGCUACAGAUCCCGAGGUCGUGGGUUCGAUUACCCGGUUGGGCCAAUGAAUAGUAUUAUGUUUUGCUUUCGCGAAAUUCUUAAUAUCAGCCCGGAGUUUGGCACUUUCCUGUGCCAGAAAUGGCCGGCUUAACCUGUUCUAAGACAGGCAUGUGGGUGAACUGCAUUCCUCGGAAGAGCAUGUAAAGAUGUUGAUCCUGCACUGCUCUCUUCCCGGACGUGUUGGAUCUCACAUACCAUCGAACUAUGAGAGUGUACACCUGUGUUUGUGUAUAGACUUGUCCACUAUAAUAUGUAGUUUGAAAAUCUUUCUGGAGAUUUACCACCUUCGCCGAAAUCGUUCAAAGAAAUCCCACCAUAAUGGUCCUUAAUAAGUCCGCAGAGCAAUAUUGUAUUUCUUAUGAAUUAGCCGCAAUAAUGCAUAUUAUAUCGAAACAAUUUAAUAUUUAAAAGUUGAUCGUUACUACUACUUAUAUCAAAACCGGAGUCAUGUAUUUUUACCUGCGUAAAAUACUUAUGGUUUCUUCAUACUUACCUUAGUUAUCGGGAUUGAAAUAUUGUUAAAACAGAUUUUCGCCUUUAGUUUUAGUUGUCUAUAAUCUUGAGUUCGCUGGUAGGCUUUAAGUAAAACUUAUUUGUUAAAUAAUAAAGUUUAAAAAUAA